CUCCCUUUACUCCAAUAGAAGCUUAAUGGAAAAAGCAGUGAUCAGAAUAUAGCUGGGAAAUUCAAUAGACUGAUUCUCAUUUAUGAAUACAAUGAUGUAGAUGCUUUAUGUAAAUCAAGUCUUCACAUCAGAUCUCUUUCAGAGCCUAGUGGUUAGAGCGUUGGGCCAGUAACCGAAAGGUUGCUGGAUCGAGUCCCCGAGCUGACAAGGUCAAAAUCUGUCGUUCUGCACCUGAACAAGGCAGUUAACCUACUGUUCCCCGGUAUGCUGUUAUUGUAAAUAAGAAUUUGUUCUUAACUGACUUGCCUAGUUUAAGGUAAAAUUAAAAUUGGGCUGCCUGUCUAAAUGCAGGUAAGGCAAAACCUUGACAGAUGUUAAAGACAAAAAUGUACAGAGAAAGAAUCAAAUAGAAAAACGUGUGAUAGAAGGAAAUGCGCUGAAGUGAGAGGUGUGGAGACAACUGUUCUCGGGUGUGCCGUAAAUGCAUUCCUUGGAUCACCAGUCUGACGAGCCGUUGGCGCUGUAGUGUAGGCUAGCCAUGUCCUUUCUUGUGAUUGGUUGUACAAUGUCACCAUAAAAGGAGAGGACUGCAGGGGACCAUUUGUUUUUAUGGACAGAAAAGAGCAGAAGCUCAGCUAUCCGAUCAGGCCCAUUGUCUAUGUUGGACCGGUUGCAUCCCAGAAGUGUCAAAGGUUUGACAGCUGAAGGAAGCUUGUGGGAAUAACGGGUAUAGAUGUAUAGAAAGUAAGAAUUUAAAUAAAGGAGACAAAGGUACAAAUACACUUCUUUACAGGUUUGCUACAAAGGUAACAUUAGGUAGCAGGAGGGUUACCAGACCACCAUCCACUUUUACUCUACGAAAAAAGACUGCUUUCAGAGUGCAGUAUAACUGCAGAAUGCUGAAAAUACGGUGUCCAAAAUAUAUAUUUUUUUACUGCAGCUAUUUUGUAGUGUAACUGCAGUUACAGUGCAGUAUUACUGUGCCACAUUUGACUGCAGUGACUACUUUUACUGCUGUUUAAAAAAGCAUUUUUUUGGUAAGGGUGGAGUUAGUUCCACUUGGAGUGAGAAUGGUAUAACAAAGGACAGGUUAUGGUUAAAUAUCAUUAAUUAAAAUCUGACUCAUGUUGGUAGACAGAGUCACAUAUCUCAUCUCUGCAUAAUAUACAAAAACGAAUGAUAAACUGGUUGUGCUUCAUAUUCCAAUUCAACAUCCAAUCCAGCUUCCUCUUGACUUUUUCCAUUCAAAUUCAAACUCAAAUUAUGGAACUGACUUUGUGUUUUCAUGGCAUGCUGUAUAGAUCUCAGCACCCUGCUCUCCCCUCGGAGGAUAUUGGAUAAAUGUAUGUGUUCGAUGCCCUGUAGUCUGUCCCUUUAAGUACUCCCAAGUCUGUGUCCCUGCAAACUAGUUGUAUCAGGGACUGCCCCAAUGGUAUUGGUGGUAAGCAUGUCUGUGUGCUAAACUUAGCCCAAGACCACCUCUCAUCACACUAGCACAAUUCAUGUUGGGUUACAAUGGAACCAGGAGUGAAUGGUGUAGAGUUACCAUCAAUGGAGCUGUAUUGCGAUAGAAACACUGGCCAAACAAGGUGUGUACAGCAGAACUCCUAACAACACCAGCUAAGAUUGCUGUUUUGUCAAUCAGUCGCUGUCUAUUUUCUUGGCUGUAACAAAUGGUAACUGCUGACGCUUGGCAUUUCUUCUACUGUGCACAGCACUCUGGUUAUAGUGUAUUUAAUCAUGUUAUAUUUCAAACAACAGUUGAACCUAGUUUAUUUUCUUGAUAAAGAAUGAUUCAUUAAUUAUCCUCUUGGCUGUUGAUAAGUUUGACGCUUUUCAAAAUAGGCUUGAACACGUGCAUGUCUAUGUUCUGAUUGACUAAUGUGCUUAGUUGGAGAAAUCCCAAAGACGAUCUACUGACUUAACUCACUCCACUCUGUCAUCAUUUUUUGAUAAAAAUUCUAAGCUUCUCGAGCUCUUUUCUCACUUUCAUUUUGUCGCUCGACAUAUCACGUUGGCGUUCUUCUGUGUCACCAUGGGCAACUAUAGCUCUGGCCUUACCGUGGGUAAGCCAUGUCACCAUUCUCAAAUCCUUUCUUAUGUUCCUUUGAACUCACCUAUGACGCUUUAGAUUCUCCAAACUGUCAUCAAUGGCAAAACAAUGUAAUACUGCAUGACACUCUAUUUUUGACAGCCUGUUGUUUUGCUUCAAUGACCCCACCAUUAAUUAUGCCUUCAAAUCAAGUCAACAAUUUAUCUAAUGCGUCAUGUUGGUUUGUUUUAUUUCUCCAAGACAUUGAAGAUUUUGAGUCACACAGUGUUUCAGUCACAGAGACCCUGAACCAAUUGGCACCACGUGUGGCGGAUGAAAGAUUUCAGUCACAGAUUUUUUCACUGGCUCCUCAGUCUAACCUUGACAUACAGGAAGACGUACAGGUAGCCCCUACACAGGUGGGUGAGACGCAAGAGAAUGAGAAAGAGGACCUCUCCUCUGUCAUAUCACUCAUCAGCAGCCUGGCAGCACCUACAAAUACCCCAGUGUUACCUGUGGUUGAAAAGAAGCUUCACCGGCCUUCAAGGCCCACAAUGCUCUCCUCCUCAUUAUCCACUGGUACCAGUGCGCCACACCCCUUCUCCACACUCAUCCCUGGGGCUCUCUCAGCUAUCCUGCGUGCUACCCUGCCCCCUCACCUUACCUCUGACCCCAAGCCCAGGAGAGAGCCAGGUGCCCAGUGCCAACUGACCCUCGAGCAGCUGCGGACAGAGCUCCGGGACCUAAGGGAUGAGGUCGAACUGAUGAAGAGCCAGCACAACAAAGAGAUUCAACUGCUGAUGAAUGAGCUGGAUGAGGAGAAAAGGAUUCGCUUGUCAUUUACAGAUGGACGUGGCACAGAUGAAGAAGCACAAGUCUAAAUGAGCAGGCAGGCUCAAACAGCAUGGCAUCACCAACAAUGCCAGAACAAGUGGUAAUCUGUCUCUUAGAAUGUUCUUUCAAAAUUAAGUAUCAAUCAUUUAUGAAACAACAGAAAAACUAUAGUGAAUAUGUUUUAAAUAUAAUGAACAAUCUUUGUUGUCUAUUUGAGAAAAGUUGAUGUAACGUAUGUAACAAAAUAAAACUAAUGAGCAUCUUCUACAAAAACAUUUUAUAUCAGCUUAUUAUGUGACAUUUUUUAUAAAAUAAAAACAAAAAACAAGCAUGUUCUUUAAGUCAAGUGGUUUAAAGUGUUCAAUUGUAUUGGGGUCAUUCAACCAAUUUGAUAUAACUUGCUCCAAAAAACUUUGGAUUUCACCUAACUUUAAGUGCCAAAUUAAGUAACAGGGUUGACCGUAACAGGGUUGACCAUAACAGGGUUGACCAUAACAGGGUUGGGGCUUUACAAUGAGGGUGGAAACUUGGAGAAAUGUUGGGGUCAAGUCAGUUAAAAUCUUCCUGGAAGUCACAGAGGAGGCACAGAGGGACACAGAGGUGCAUGGAGG